AUGGGUGACUGGAGCUUCCUGGGACGGCUGCUAGAGAACGCGCAAGAGCAUUCCACCGUGGUUGGCAAGGUCUGGCUGACGGUGCUGUUCAUCUUCCGAAUCCUGGUGCUGGGAGCCGCCGCGGAGGAGGUCUGGGGCGAUGAGCAGUCGGACUUCACGUGCAACACGCAGCAGCCCGGCUGCGAGAACGUCUGCUACGACCAGGCCUUCCCCAUCUCCCACAUUCGCUUCUGGGUGCUGCAGAUCAUCUUCGUCUCCACGCCCACCCUCAUCUACCUGGGCCACGUGCUGCACAUCGUGCGCAUGGAGGAGAAGCAGCAGCGAGGGGAGGAGCCGCUGGCCAGGACAGGGAAGAGACAGAAGCUGCCCAUCCGGGAUGACCGGGGCAGGGUCCGGAUAGCGGGCGCUCUGCUCCGCACCUACGUCUUCAACAUCAUCUUUAAGACGCUCUUCGAGGUGGGCUUCAUCGUGGGGCAGUACUUCCUCUAUGGCUUCGAGCUGAAACCCCUCUACCGCUGUGACCGGUGGCCCUGUCCCAACACGGUCGACUGCUUCAUUUCCAGGCCCACGGAGAAGACCAUCUUCAUCAUCUUCAUGCUGGUGGUGGCCUGUGUGUCCCUCUUACUCAACAUGCUGGAGAUCUACCACCUGGGCUGGAAGAAACUCAAACAAGGCAUGACCAACUGUUACAGUCCGGUGGCCCCAAAGCCAGGCGGGAUCAAUCCCCUCCACCUCCCCUCCCAGUCCACCCCAACCCCCGCCCCACUGGGAUUUCCCCCUUAUUACACUCACUCUGCCUCUUCCCUGGGACAGACGGUGGCCACAGGGUACCCCGGGGCACCUCCACCACCAACAGAUUUCAAAAUGGUAGCCCUAGCAGAGGAGCGGGGGAAGGGCCACGCUGCCAGAUACUGCAACAGGUGCCACCACCUGCUGAUGACAGAACAGAACUGGGCCAACCAGGAGGCCGAGCAGCAGGCUUCUGGGAGGAAGCCCUGCCCCCCAGUCCCCACCCCUGUGGCCCCCUCUUUUCCAAGCAGCUCUCCCCAGCCCUCGCUGGAAAGCAGGGCACGGAGUGGAGUGCCUCUCCUGCUGGUGAACGGGAGUACCAGCAGUCUGAGGGGGAGCAAGCUGGAAGUGUGUCCGGAGGAGGAGGUGCAGGCAGGGGCCACCAGUGUGGACAUGCACAGGCCGCCCCUGCUCCUUGGAGACCCAGGCCGGGCCAGCAAGACCAGUAGGGCCAGCAGCAGCGGGAGGCUCAGGGCAGAUGACUUAGCCAUCUAGCAGGUCCCCUCUUGGAAACAACUUCAUCCUCAUCCCUGUUCUAGAAACCUUAAACCAAAGUGCAGUUCAAAGUGCAAGUAGAGAGAGGCCGGCGGUGAGGGAGCCGAUGGAUCACAGGAGACUAGGCUCCCUGGUUUAAUUGUGUGCAGUUCUUAAUCCCGUGUAUUUAUAGGGGCAAUAUCUGAGUUUUCUGAGACUGGGAGGUGGGCGCAAAGCAGGAUUCUGGGAGGGGCUCCUAAAGAUACUCACGGGCAGCCCAAGCAGCAGAAACCUAGGCCCAGUGAUCUCCAGCUCUGGGUGCCCACAAUGCUGUGGGCAGCCGCUCUGGGCAUGGAAGCAGCAGGUGCUCAUUCUCACGUCAGCCUUGGGCCACUUGGUUUAACGUUCCUAAGCUGUCCAGAGCUCUAGGCACCCGAAAGUCCACAGAUGCACUUAGCUCUAUCUCUACUGAUACUUUUAACUCGGAGUUGAAUUUCACUUGGGACAUUUGCCAAACCGAACUAAAAAAAGAUUUAGGCCAAGCCAAUGUGGUCCUUCAGGCCCCUGGUGUCAUCUGAGUUUCUGAAAUUGCAUGUGAAGGCCAGGAUAUCAAACUGCACAUUUCCUGACAAGUGACAAUGAGCAGGCGCCCUCCAGAGGCCAGCAUCUCCGGCGAGAGCAGGUGGGACCCCAGCUCCUCUUGAGAUAACCUUCAACAGCUGAGGAAAUGGAGAUAAACAUGGGGCAGUGAAUUCCAGGGCCCCCCAAAUACAUGUCAGUCCUGGCCUCUGUGUCUGUGGUUCAACUCCCACGUGGUGCCAGGUGGUUUUGGUACGUUAAGGAGGCAGGAUUUGUGCCGGUUGUGUCACGAGUUACCUCUCGGGAGAAACGCAUGAGCGGAUGGCGCAGGCAGAAAGAGGGGAAGCGAAACGGAAGUGCCAGACCACUUGAAGACCAUCCAGAAGGCCAGGAGACAAGAACCUACCUGCUGAGCGGCCUGGAAAAGCCUUCCCUCGAGUGGGCACCCUGAAUUUGGGCAUUCUGUUCUCCUAAACAGUGAAAAGUUAAAAUUUUCUGCUUGUUAAAGCCAUCCACUCGUGAUAUUUCUAUGAUAGCAGCACCAGUUGACCAAUAGAAUUUGGUACCAGAAGAAUGAGGGGCUACUUUAACAGAUAUAAUAUAAGUGGAAGGA